UUAACGUCAUUACUGUGCGCCUGGUGUUUACAGAUAGCCGUCAAAAAUUCAGCAGGUACCAACUAUCCGCUGUUUUAACACCAAACACUGGAGAGUUAUUUUAGUCUAUAACAUGAGUGCAUGUCCAUGACAAGAACAGCAUAAAUAAGUUGACCAAUGUCUGAAUGCUGAUGUGAUUGGAAGAUGUAAACACCUCAAAGUUGUUACAGGUGAAAAUCAUCUGGAAAACAAAUCAGUUCAAAGCCGUAUGGCAGGUUGAAAGCAGUGUCUUAAUGUGAUGGAUGAAGAAGAAGAUAUGGAGACACUCGGUGAACAACUUUACAGUCGGAUUUAUCCCAAACACAAAGACACUGCUGGGAAACUCACAGGUAUGUUGCUGGAGCUGCCCGGUCCUGUCCUGAGUCAGAUGCUGCAGGACGAGGCCAUGCUGACUGCAGCUGUGGAGAAAGCCCUCCGAGCCCUGCAGCUGUCACAGGAGCCCAGGUACGGGAAUGGCAGGGUAACAUGUAGGGAUGAGGAUGAUGUGUCUGUAUCCUCUGACUCUCUUGGGGAGCAGCUGUUUGAGCUGGUGGAUGUCUACAACACCGGCUACUCACAGAAAAUCACAGGAAUGCUUCUGGAGCAGCACAAAGAGGCAGUUUUAAACCUUUUUUCAGAUCCAAAACUACUAGAGGAACAGGUGAACCUCGCUGUGAAGACACUAAAAGAGCAGAAUGAGGAGACAGACAUCAGUGACUCGUCCGAUGCUGAUGACACAGAGAAACUGGGAGAGAAGCUCUUCUCCCUGGUGGAGGAGAUGGAUCCUCUUCAUGCAAAUGAUAUUACAGGUAUGCUGCUGGAGAUGGAUCCAGCUGCUCUCCAACAGCUGCUCAGUGACCACACGAUGCUGCAGGUGGCUGUUCAGAAAGCACAAGCAGCACUGGACACUUCGAAUUGAACUCUAUUGAAGAGGACGACAAACUUUUACACAUAGAAUAACACAUUAUUGAAUGAAUGACUUGUAUGAACUCAGAUAAUAUAAUGCUGGAACAUCAUGGCAAUACAACUUGCCAUGAUGGGUCUAUGUUUGACUGGACCAACUGUAAAUAAGUGAAGAGUCUAGCAAGCCUCUUCCCAGAUGAAAUGAACUUGAUAUUGCCACUUUCUAAUACUGGUGCUCACUUUGCUAAUACACAAUUGUCUUUAUCAGAUAAAAGAACUGAACACAAGUGCCAGUGUGUUUAAUAAGAAAUAUUUAUCAGUGUUGCUCCAUUUGGGAGCCGAACCUCCACCACAAGACAUCAGAAUCUUUGUUGUUUGAUGAUGUUGUUGGCUGUAUGAGAGGGUUUACUUGUAUGUUCUUACCUCAGUGUUGCCAACAGUCAUGCCAGAGAUGACAAUGUAUUUGUUUGGAUUUUGUAACAAACUGUAUUCAUAAUGAUGUAUCUGUAAGUAUGUCAAAUGGCUAAAUUAUCUCCACAACUACUGGAUGGACUGCCCUGAAAUGUUAUGUGGACGUUCAUGUUAACCCAGAGGAUGAAUGUUGACUAUUGACUUUUUCUGGAGCAAAGUUUUUCACUUACCCUGUGAAAUAUCUCAACAUCUACUUGUCAGACCGGCACAAAAUGGUGUCCAGACAUUCAAGGUUCCCAAGCAACAUAUUCCAAUGACUUGUGCGGAUCCCUUCACUUUUAAUCUAGUACCAUCAAGUUCAAAUUUCAUCUUACUUUAUGACCAAACAUCUGCAAAACUAAUGACAUUCCCCUCAGCCUCAGCUGUUCUUUAUGUUUUGUGUUAAUUAGCAAAUGUUAGCAUGCUAACACAAAAACUACAAUGGUGAACAUGCAUAAAUAAAGUGGGAAAUUAUUAUUA